UGUUUUAUUCCCAAAUAAAUAAGAUUUUGGUAGAUUCUCGUGUUCAUCAAAAUUUCCCCCAAUUAUCUUAGGGUUCUUCUAGGUUUCCCGCGACAAUAUGGAAGCUGAAGGUCAAAAGACUGCCACAAAUCCGUCCGCAAUGCUCGCUGGUCUUCUAACCAGGAGAGCCAAACUCCACGACGAGCUUCGGACUAUCGAGAAGCAGGUCUAUGACAUGGAGACUAAUUACCUACAGGAUCCAAGCCAAUGUGGGAAUGUAUUGAAAGGUUUUGAAGGAUUCCUGUCUGCAUCUAAGAAUUCUGCUCUUUUGAAGCGGUCUAGGAAAUUUCAGCUUGACGAUAGGCUCUUCUCGUUGUCUUCAGUUACCUCCCCUGCUGCUGAAGAGCUUGCAGCUGGACGAGAUGAUGGGAGAUCCGACUUGGGUCCUGGCAGAUCUAAAGGUGGAGGCAUAUAUUCCAAUGGACAGUUAGGAAACCAAAAAAGGGAAGACCAACCCCGAGGGAUGCAAAGAGAAUGCGACAUUCAAGCGAGCAAGAUUUCGACUAUGACGAUGAUCCGGACUUGACAUUGUGAAUGCUGUAAAUCGAGCCUCUGAUGGUGUCUUUGUCAUCAUCUACAGAGGUGAAAAACGAGCUCUCCGACUCCUCUUGUUCACCAAGUAACCAACCCGUCCUCACCGAGGCCAACGGAGGGAGGUAUAGCUAUUUAUAUCUGUGUUUGGCCACACUUGUUAGAUGGUUUUAUAUUAUAAAUGAAGUGAAUAGAGUUCAAGUCGAUAACAUGAAGUACUACUAAUGUUUGAUGAUUGGAACUAUGCUGCUUUGCCUAUGGAGUAUUGCUAAACAAAAUGUUAAAUUGUCCAUUUGGUCCA